GUGCUAUCGUAAUCCAGGGCCGGCUACAAUAAAUCUAGGAUUUGUGGUUGGUCAAUUAAAAAGACUAUCCGGAUUCCGGAAGCCACCGAGCCAGAGCCCAGGGACCAGAGACGGAGAUCGAGGCUGCGCCGCCGCCGCCACCGCAACUUGCUGAACUGCUCACUGCGUCGGUUGAUUCUUUAAUACGGAGUAUAUACUAUCGUAAUACAUAAAUUGGUAAUCCUAAGAGAUUAAGGAUUUGUGCUAUCGUAAUCCAGGGCCGGCUACAAUAAAUAUAGAUACUCCGAUUAGGAUCGCGCGCGCGCGGCAGCGAUGACGGACUUGUUGACUGAUUUUCAGUGGAGCGUGGAUAUAGAUACAAAAGAUGGUCCUGAUCUUCAAAGGUCUCUGGUGAGGAUAUAUCUUGAAGAAAGGGAUGCUUCGUUUGUUAGAACAUGGUGGGGGGAUUGGGAAGAAUGCGGCUGCAGGAAUGUGGAAGUUCUGUAUAGGAUUGAGGAGUUCGUUGACGUGAGCGGUGAAUGCGCGGAGACUAUUGACUUGGAGAAGAUCCUAUCUGAAGAGGAAGAGGAAGAAGAACUUAUGACUUUAUUUACAGAUAAGGUACUCUCCCCCUUCCAUCACAUUGUCUACGGAGAAAGGCUCAAGGUCAUCGCAAGUGAAAUAAUAAGGGGGUGUCGCGAUCGGCUUAUUCUUCUCACCAAUGACAACUCUAACUCAAAGGUGUACUCGAUCAGUGUGGCUUUAUCUUUACACCUUUUUGUAACUUUGGGAGUAGAGGCCUUGACCUGGUUUGAAGAUUGCCUUGUGCAGCUGUCCCCUGGUGUGCGUGAUUACGAUCGAUCAUCUCCAAUGCCUCUCCCGAGGAUGGUGCCAAAUGGUACAAAACUAAAAGAAGAACAAAAAACAUGUGUGAUUUGCUUUGGCAAGUACGAACCACAGUGCCCCGUGAUUCGCCUCCAAUGUCUGAAUGAGCUUCUCCCCUAUCCGGCCGAGGAGGAGCAUAGUCACAAGGUCGAGACUCCAGCAGCAGCAAUGUUGCUGCCAUGUGGCCACAUGUUCCAUGCAAAUUGCAUUGCAAGUUGGUUUUGUAUUUCAAAAGACGACCCCUACCAACUAUCCGGUAUCAAUACUUGCCCUCUAUGUAGAUUUCAGAUUCCUAGCCGUCAUUUCGUGCUUUCUCUUCAACAUUUCUUUCCUCUGCUCUAUUGUUAAAGCUAGUCAUGGUCAAUUGGUCAUGGGCUAACUCUUAGGUGGUACUCAACAAUGGAUGUUGAAUUGAAAGAACCAGGUCGGGCCACCAAGCCCAUAGUGUUUGUAUGUCUGUAAUAUUCCAGCCCGGCCAACAUUUUUAGUGUGCUGAGUUAAAAUUUGUUGCAAGCUAAGUCGUUUUUUUCAGAUUUACAUGUAAUUUAUUUACACGUUAGUUAUUAUUUUGAUCACAGUGGGCAGAUUUUUCCAUGUACAACAACCCAGCCACUUUUCUUCUCUUUCCCGGCCUUUUCAUAAUUGCUGCAGCAACCUCAUGAUGAUGAAUAUCAACAUCAUUUCACCAAAGGGACUCUCAUGUACUGGAACCUAAUGAUCAAACUAAUCAGUAAUCAUCAUGAUUAAUAUAUGCAAUGCAGG